AGCUGUGAUUGGACGUUGAGCCCGCCAGUUUGUCUCAACCCAAAUCACCGAGUCGGUGCAACGAUCAUCCAAAUUUACGACACUUUAAAGUCCACCGCCCCUCAUGCGGCUCAGGCUGUCCCGCUAUGUGAGGCUCUUCCGGUCGAGUAGCUUUACCGGCGAACCGCAUUUGUCAGCGAGUCCUCCCUGCCGAGUCAGACCGACAGUCAUAGCGGGUCUUCCUUUACUCUUUGCCCGGAAACUCACGAUGCAGUCGAGUCAAGAUGUAAACAGUAGUAACGGCGACGGGAGCUUGGACAAGGCGGACAAACCGGGACCGGUGCCGCCCGGAAACAUUCCAGCUAUCACAACAGAGCACUCGGGUCCUCAGACGGAGAGGCGAGUGGAAAGCACGGUUGUCGUGGACGAGAGGAGGUUGAUGACUCCGAGCCCGCUGUUUGGAGGCAAUAAUGAUGACGACUCGGAGGCAGAGUCUUUCCGAGAUGGGAGAACCGAGGAGGUCGACAGGGAGACCAGGGACAGGGCGUUUGCCUGGUGCCGAGACUUUCUGGCAGGGUCGUGGAAGACCAUCUCAGAGAAUGAUUUUCAAAUCAGCAUCGUCAGCGGUGGAUUGAGUAAUCUGCUGUACCUGUGUAGUUUGCCUGAGGAUGUGCACCCUGUGGGAGAGGAACCUCACCAGGUCCUCCUCAGAAUCUACGGCGCCAUCCUACAGGGAGUGGACUCCCUGGUGUUGGAGAGCGUGAUGUUUGCCAUCCUGGCAGAACGAACUCUUGGGCCAAAACUUUAUGGCAUCUUCCCUGACGGACGCCUAGAACAGUACUUUCCGAAUACCCGCAUGUGCACAGAACAGCUUUCAGAUCCGGCCAUCUCAGCUGAAAUCGCCACCAAGCUGGCACGUUUCCAUGAAAUGGUUAUGCCCUUUAACAAAGAGCCGAAGUGGCUGUUUGGGACCAUUGACAAAUACAUGGAUCAAGUGAUGAAGCUUAGUUUUGUACGUGAAGCACAUGUGAAGAAGUACAAGAAGCUGAUGAAGUAUGACCUGCCUGGUGAGCUGAAGAACCUUCGUGCAUUGCUGGCAGAGACUCCAUCACCAGUGGUAUUCUGCCACAACGACGUCCAGGAAGGUAACAUUCUGAUUCUGGAAAACACUGACCAGAGCUCAACAGACAGACUCAUGCUGAUAGACUUUGAAUACAGCAGUUACAAUUACAGGGGGUUUGACUUUGGGAACCAUUUUUGUGAGUGGGUGUAUGAUUACACCUAUAACCAGUGGCCCUUCUACAAAGCCACACCGGAGAACUACCCCACCAGAGAGCAGCAGCUUCAUUUCAUCAGAAAUUAUUUGGCAGAACAGAGAAGGUACUCUGACUGUGACAUGGACCAGACACAGAUGGAAGAGGACAUGAUAAUCGAAGCUAACAGGUAUGCAUUAGCAUCACACUUCCUCUGGGGGCUGUGGUCCAUCAUUCAAGCAAAGAUUUCCAAGAUUGAGUUUGGAUACAUGGACUAUGCUCUGUGCCGUUUUGAUGCCUACUUCAAGCAAAAAGACCUCUUCUCUUGAUUUUCACCAUGUUAACCAGAAUGUGAUGUCUCAUUCAUCCGUCCUCAUCAUUCUUCAAGCUCAUCACCAAUUCUAUGCAGCUCUGCUUAUGACAAACAAUGUUGGGUGAAAGGUAGACAUUUACAUUUGAGCACAGUGCAUGCACAAUCUGAGCCUGCAGGCUUUUAUUGAAACACUUAUCCCCAAUCUUGUUAGAGCAGAUAUACUGAAUGUUGUUUAUCAUUUCAGAGAAGGAUUUACUGUUUUUUUAAACAGUAAUUUUGGUAAACCAAUAGUACCAAGUUUGAAAUGGUAAGAUUUUGUGUGUCUCUUGCUUUAGUGUUUCAUUCUACCUCUUUCUUCUUUCUGAUUUUCAUUCUGCAUUGGGGUGUGUAGAAGUCAUAAGGGCUGAUUUGCAUCAGCAUUGGAAAAUAUUCCUCUUCAAUUGUUCUUGGACCAGUAAAGUUCAUUUAAACGUUUACACGAGGGCUAUUUUAUACAGUACUACUGUAGUCAACAACGUUUAUCUAACCAUUAGAACUGUUGCAAAGUCAUGUAAGUCAGUAAUGUUGGAUUUUGUCACCACUUUUGAUAUCUGUUAUUAACUGUACAUUUCUGCUGCACAUUUUGACUAAGUUUGUAUUAUGUUUUCCAUCUGUAUAAUUCUAUGAUGAUGUUAUUAGAUAGAGAUUUUUCUGUUUUCUGUUAUUCUUGUUGGAUUUGUUCCCGAGGAAUCAUAACUUGGAACUUGGAAUCUGUACUUUUUACUGUUUAACUAACUAAUGUUUAUCUGGCUCAUAAAUGCAACCACAUCAUCCUGAAUUGCCUAAAUUAUAUCCAACAGCGAUUGAAUUCUAUGUUGGAAUAAAGUCAGAUUAUGACUUUCCCUUAUGUGAAUGUGAAGUGGACAUUUUCUGGAAGCUUUUUAAUUGACUUUCUUUAUGGAUAUUUUAUUUAUUCAGAUUGUCUCUUGUAUUUGACUUGAUGUAUUGCCAUCAAUUAACGUGUCUUUGUUUUACAUGUAGCUGCAUCGGUUUACUCAUGAGAAUAGAAACUUGUCUGUCUCAUUAACUAUCUGUUGUUGUUUUUUUUUUUAAAGCAUCAAAAAACUGCUCUGUAUUAUUGGGUCCUCUUUGCACUAAAAAUAUCAUUCAAAAACUAAUAAACAUACUGUAUGUGCUUA